CUUUGUGAGAGUGUGGAUAUGAAAAUGGGAGUGCUUUGCUGUACAUGUCUGCAGCUUUUGCUGGCUGCACUGGUCAGUCUGACUGGGAUCUGUAUGGGAGGGUCUGACGGGCCCCGUGGGGUGGCUCUUCCGUUCGUCUUUGACCCCAAAGCAACCUGCGAACCACCUUGUAAACACGCUGGCAUCUGUAUCCGAAACAACACCUGCUUCUGUAUGAGAGGAUACGAGGGAGAGACAUGCCAAUAUGCAAACUGUCAUCCAAAGUGUAAAAACGGUGGAGAGUGUCUGAGACCUGGAAAAUGCAGAUGCCCUUCGGGAUUUGGAGGAAUAUAUUGUCAUCAAGUGGUUUGUGACGGUGGGUGUUGGAACGGUGGUGAGUGCACUGCUGUGAAUAGAGAAGCGAAAUGCAUCUGUCCUUCCAGCUGGACCGGCUCCAGAUGCCAAGAUGCGAUCUGUUCACAGGGAUGCAGGAACGGAGGCAGCUGUGUUGCCCCCGGAAUCUGCAGCUGUCCAGAAGGAUGGAUUGGUGGGGCCUGCCAUAAAGCUGUGUGUAAAACACCCUGCAAGAAUGGGGGGAAGUGUGUGUCGCCCGACACCUGUCGCUGUCGAGCUCCGUUCUCCGGCCCGCUGUGUGAGGAGAAGAAGAAACAUGCCUGAUGUCACGACGGUCCGACCUCUGACCUCACUCUGACUCUUCAAAGUGGUGCUAAAAUGACGUGUAUGCUUGUUGAAAUGUAUUGAGCAUGUGAACGUGUGAUGUGUUUUCCACAAAAAUUCACGUUAUUUUGUGUUAAGUAGUGUUUUUAGAAUAACCGUUUGAUUUCUUUAUCG